AUGUUCAACCUCAUCAUCGAAAAACAUCCCAACGGAUCAUCUUUGGUGCACCGAACUAACUCUUUCGGUAACACAGUCCUGCAUAAGGUUUGCUCUCUUCGACUGAUCCAAGACCAUAAAUGUUCUCUGAUGGAAAGAAUUAUCGAGUGUGGUGCAGAUGUUAAUCAACUAACGAAACAAGGAGAAACCGCUCUCUUCUAUUCUAUAAGCGACGCUGAAUUAAAUGUUCUCCGCAAGUAUAACAUCGAUCUAAAAGUUGUUAACAACUCUGGCGACAAUGCUCUGAAUUACCAUCUGCGAUUCAACGCGAACAUGGCCAAAGCGCUCUUCCCGUUGAUGUCCAGGCUGCCUUCCUUCAAAGACCACGCCCACAAAUACUUACAAAGAUUUUUGACAUACAAUCAAGGAACAUUCAGUUACUAUUAUCAGUCAUUCCUGGAGGAGAACCCAGAGAUCACCAAAGCUAUGUUUGAUUCCCUUUACGAGCAUUCCAUAGAAGACGCUUCUCAAAUGUUUUGCAACGCCUGUAACUUUGGCCACGUGUUUAUUGUAGAAAAAUUCUUUGAAUUCGAUUACGAUUUGGACUACAACUUCAAAAACGAAAACGAGAGCACGCCAAUAAUAGGGCUAUGCGGCUUCACAGACCAAUCCAAUAUUCACCUGAUGCAGCAAUUACUCAAGAAAGAAGUAAACCUAGAACAUCGUAAUAAAUCGGGUAGAACUGCUUUAUUGGCACUGGCUUAUGGAUUUCGGGAGGGGAAUUGUCACAAUAGUUCAUCGGUUCAACUUUUGUUGGAUCACGGAGCAAAGGUCGAUAGCACUGACGACAAAGGAAACACGGCUCUACAUUACGCCUUCAAGAUGGAAGAAUGGGGACUGAUGGAAACGUUGCUAGCCAACGGAGCGGAUUGCUUGAUAAAAAACAAAGAUGGAAAGAUUCCUCUGGAAAUGGCCUCUGAUAGGAACCGAGAGAUAUUCAAAUUCAUGCAAUGA